AUGGCCAACCCUCAGCCCACCGAAACAUCUCACCAACAUCCAAACAAGAACAACAAUGCCUCGACAGACCAGGAUGCAGCGCAGAAGACGAAAUCAGAAGAGCACAUCGUCACUGGCCUACGACUUGCCUUCAUCAUGGCAGCAAUACUCAGCGCUAUGUUCCUCGUGUCCUUGGACCGCACCAUAAUUGCAACAGCAGUACCAGCCAUCUCAGACCAAUUCUACGCAAUCGACGACAUUGGCUGGUACGCCAGCGCAUACCUCGUGACCAGCAGCGCGACCCAACUGCUCUGGGGCCACAUCUACACCUUCUACUCAACCAAGACACUAUUUCUGACCGCCGUGAUUGUAUUCGAGGCAGGCUCCGCACUGUGUGGUGGAGCACCCAGCUCCAACGCAUUUAUUGUUGGACGGGCCAUCGCGGGGAUUGGGUCGGCGGGCAUCUUCAACGGAGCCACGGUCAUCGUCUCGCAGAUUCUGCCGCUGCAUAAGCGACCAAUGUUCAUUGGGCUUAUGGGCUCGACCUUUGGGGUUUCUUCGAUUAUUGGCCCUUUGCUCGGGGGUGCGUUUACGGACCGGGUUACUUGGCGCUGGUGCUUUUAUAUCAAGUGGGCUAUCUAUCCUGAUCGGACAACGACUAUGGUAAUGCUAAUCCUCCCAUCUUCUAGUCUUCCUAUUGGGUGUGUCAGUCUGAUAGUCAUUGUUCUAUGUCUGCGCGCCCCGCCUCGCUCCACGACCGCAACCUUCAAGCGCCAGUUCAUCCGACUGGACCCCCUUGGCACAAUCCUAUUCCUGCCCGGUGUGGUCUGCUUCCUUCUAGCACUGCAAUGGGGUGGAGCCACCUAUUCCUGGAGCAAUAAGCGUAUCAUCGCUCUCCUAGUGCUCGCCGGGGUCCUACUGGUCGCCUUUGGUGCUGUCCAGAGCUGGCGCCGGGAAGACGCGACGAUUCCACCACGGAUCAUCAAGCAGCGCAGCAUUGCUGCCGGUGCCGUGUAUACAUCAUGCCUCUCCGGGGCAAUGAUAUCCAUGCUAUAUACGCUGCCGCUGUGGUUCCAAGGCGUCAAGGGGACGAGUGCGGUGCAGUCGGGACUAGACAAUAUCCCAAUGGUGUUGUCACUAGUGGUAGCAAGUAUUCUAUCCGGGGCGGCCAUCACCCGACUAGGCCACUACGUGCCAUUUAUGUUCAUGGCAUCCACUCUCAUGGCCACUGGCGCUGGUCUGAUUACCACAUUCACUGUCGAUACGCGUCACCCAGCCUGGAUCGGAUACCAGGUGCUAUUCGGGCUUGGGCUUGGGUGCGGCAUGCAGCAACCGGCUAUGGCAGCUCAGACUGUCCUGGAUCAAGCGGAUGUCUCGAUCGGCAUCGCUAUCAUGUUUCUCUUUCAGUCGCUCGGUGGUGCUAUCUGGGUUUCUGUUAGCCAGAACCUUUUCACUAAUUACCUCGCUUCGGCUCUGCCCGGUAUCUCCGGUAUUAACGUUGCUGCCGUUCUUAGUUCCGGGGCCACUCAAUUGGCGCAGACUGUUCCGCCUGAUAAGCUAUCUGCAGUGCUGACAGUCUACAAUGCGGCCCUCCAUAGAGCUUUUAUCCUGCCAGUGGCCCUCGCUUGUUUCAUGGUGGUUCCCGCACUAGGAAUGGAAUGGCGCAAUGUGAAGCGGGAGAGUGAGAAGAGGAAAGAGGAAGCCCGACAGAAGGACAAUCAUUCGGAGAAGACGGAGAAAAGGGAGAUUUCCGAUGUUUGA